GCCACGUCACCAUCAACAUUAUCAGAAACCACAUAAGUCCUUUACUAGUUUAGGCAGAUUUUUUGCGGUACUGAGUGGCCAUGGGACUGGUGGCUCUUCCGAUCAACCACCGUACGGCUCCGCCGGAUUUUUCACCACACAAAACGGUGAAUUCAGUGUUUAACAGUAUCGGACUUGCUGUACGGUUCAAUAAUGUUAAAACGAGAAAGCCUGUGUAUUUAGGAACGAUCUUAACGGAGAAAUCAAGAGCAAGAACACUAACGACGGCGGAAGCAGUUUCCGGCGGCGGAGUUUCGCUUCCACCACUGGAUUUGACGGAGGAUAAUAUCCAUCUGGUAUUAUCCGAAGCUCGCAUCGAGCUUGCACAACUGUUUGACUCAUCGGUUGGGAUAACAGGACAAGUAGAGUUAGUGGAACUAGACGGACCAUUCGUGAAGAUAAGUUUAAGAGGCAAGUUUUGGCACACACGUGCAAUGGUUCUAGCUCGAAUUGGGAACUACAUGAAACAGAGGAUCCCUGAGAUUUUGGAGGUUGAGAUUGAAGAUGAGAAGCAACUCGAUGACAGUCCUGCGAAUUUCUAAAACUUUUUUCCAUCUCUUCUUCGCUUAAUGUGACUUGAUGAUGCUUGUGAGGACCCCUGCUUAUGAGUUGUUGAAAGUAACUCUGUGUGAGUAAUCUAAAAUCGAUUUGUAGCAUA